AUGUUGGCCCUCUCGCCAGACGCAGACAUUUUCGACAUCUAUUUGGCCCCGGUCGCAUGCAACCCCUGCCAUACAAGGAAUCUCCACCUUUGGAAUGAGAAGGAACAGCUUUCUCGCCGCUAUGUUAAGUUCAAUCUGGCAGAACUCGUCAGGAUCGCAACUCGGGCGACAGGGUCUAUGUCCUGCGUCGAAGUGCAGAUGCUCCCAGAGGGGAACUUUAAUAAGGUCUUCCUUCUUACGAUGAACAAUAGGAAAGAAGUGAUUGCAAAGCUUCCGAAUCCUAAUGCUGGACCUCAAUACUUUACUACAGCUAGUGAGGUUGGAACGAUGGACUAUGUUCGGAAUAUACUUAGGAUUCCAGCCCCAAUUGUGUACGCUUGGAGCCCCUCUACCGAAGAGAUUGGAGCCGAGUAUAUUAUAAUGGAGAAGAGUCAGGGAGUGGAACUUAGCAAGCUGUGGGAUGGUAUACCGGGUCCUGACAAACUUCAAAUUGUUCAACAACUCGUCGAGUUUGAGAAAGCACUCGUAUCUACUCGGUUUCCUAUGUAUGGAAGCUUAUAUUAUGCGAAAGACCUGCAAAAAGUUCAAUCAAAUCAAAUGAUUGACAUUGGAAUUAAAAAGAGAAAUGUGGGUUUGGAUUUUGCGGUCGGUCCGACUACGAAGCAAGGUCAGGCAAAAUAUCCAUCACCUAUCAAUCUUUGA